AUGGAAGUAAUCAACUCCAAAGUUUAUACUCUGCGGGUGGACGGGAGCAUUCAUGGACACGAUAUGGGAGCAAAUCAGGAACGCAACCGGUUGUUUGGUAUGUAUAUCAUCCAUCGGUCAGUGCACACGUUUACCCUAUCACGAAAGGCGAAAUCCACCAAUCACGUCCAGGCAGUAAAUAUAACUGUUAUUCUAUUUAUAGUGGCGUGUCCAAGUGGGAGCAAACGAGAGUGA